AUAUCUGUGAUUCAAAAAGACGCUCAGCCCUGCACGUAGCGGUUGUCUCUGGUUCUUAUGAAAUAGUUAAACUUCUUCUUGUCUUUGGCUGUAAUCCCAAUCACACUGACUAUAUUGGAAAUACUGCCUUACACUUAGCGUCUAUAACCGGAAAUAUUAAUGUAAUCACGUUGUUACUACAGUUUGGCGCUUCACCGAUGCUGAAGGAUCAAAAUAACUGGCUUCCUAUUCACUACGCCCGGUCGAGAAUGAGGUACCUCUCAAAGGUGCAGGCCGAUCAAAAUAAUUUUAUAGAAAUUUUCGAGUUGUUGCAAGUUUAUGCAGAGAAGAUUGGAAAUGGGGCCAGGACGGACGAAAUUAGCGGAUUGGCAGAAAGUUUAUCUUCCUUAAGUACAGAGGAACUUCCGGACGUGCUAGCGAACUUUUCUCGACUGUCUUUUGGAGAAUCUGUGGAUGAGGACGGCAAUAAGCGCGCUCCGGGCAUCCCCAUAACUGAAAAGGAGCUGUAGUAUAAACUUUUAUGGAGAGUAUCAUAUUGGCUCUUUGCGUGUUAAAAAAUAACCUUUAGUGCGCUUCACUCGCCGUUUCUUGUACAAUGCGCGUGGUUGUUAUUUAAAGAGUAAAGAACUUUUUGUGUUUUAGGAGUUAUAUACUUUGAAAAGAGUAUUAUAUUU